UAGAUUAUUUCUCUCUUUUUUUUCUUUUUUAAAUAGUACAGUCUCUUUUUCUCUUUUUUACUUUUUAUUUUUAUAAGCUUAUGCAACCUAUGGAACAAGACACUGAUUCACCAGCAACAAGUCCAGCUUCCAGUAAGAGACGUUCUAGUGUCGGCAGUGAAUCUAAAAGAAAGUCUCCUCGAGCCUGUAUUCCCUGUCGAAAGAGAAAAGUCAAAUGUGAUGGACAAUCACCUUGUGAUCGUUGCGUAAAGGCCAACAGUGCUUGUACUUUUGAUAAACCACCAAGUAAAAAAGAAAGUAUAAAGUCAACUACCGAAAGUCAUACAGUGAAGUUGAAAAAGUUGGAACAAAAACUCACACAGCUGUCGGCUGUCAUUGAUACAGAAGCCCCUGAACCGCCAUUAUUUCCAAAUUCGGGUCCAAGUAAAAGUGAAGCAUUAUUACCCGUAUCUACUGUAGGACAUGCAUCUUAUAUACCAGAUAGUUGCCUUCGAAUAGAUCGAGUACCUACUGCCUUCAAUCUGGAUGAGAAUGUGGAUAUCAUCCUAAAGGAACUACAACCAAAGCCUGAAAUAUACAACAGUGAACCUAUACAGGAGCAUUUAUUGGGUAUCUACUUUCAGUAUAUAGACCCUCUGUUGCCCAUAUUACAUAAACCAUCUUUUUAUCAUCAAGUCAAAAGCCAUCAACCGAUCAGUAGUCUGUUACUCAAUGCAAUAUACUGUGUAUCAUCAAGAUGGGAUAUGAGUGUACCUGUCAGGGAGGAUGAACCAAGGGGGUGGAGCUACUACCAGCAAGCAAUAAACCUAUUAAACCAACAAAAGGAACCGCAACUAUCAACCGUACAAGCACUACUACUACUACUAAAGUAUAAUGAACAUGUCCGACGCCCAGGAUUUGUGUGGAGAAUGAGAUACUACUUUCAGAUGAUUGUUCGUAUGUGCAAAGAUCUUGGUCUACAACGUGACAUCAUGUUUAACACUAGUUCUCCAAGCGUAAUGAUAGAACUCGAAAAACGUAAGAGAACCUUUUGGGCUGUGUAUUGCUAUGAUGUGAUGAUGAGCAUUGAAAAUGGCACACCAUUUCACUUCAACAUAAAGGAAUACCCUAUCGACAAUCCAUAUGUCCUAUCUGACGAAGCCAAUGAACAUGAAAAAAUCAUGCACUUUAUUCUCUUAACCAAACUCAUGUGCUGUCAAGCCGAGAUCAUUGACUUUCUCCGUAGAAAACAUGAUCCACAGUUCACAGUGACAAACGUGAUUACAGAUUGGAGGGAAGAGGAGGCGUUCAACCAACUGACAGGUCAUUUAAAGACAGCGAUAGGCAUGGUAACUUCAAUCACAAAGUUUCCUACUGAGGAUAACAUGUGCUAUGCUGUUUGCUUUUUAUACCUUGCCGCUUGUUUUGCAACCAUCUCAUUACAUCGACCCUUUGCGUUCCAAAUAACAGAUCAUUCAUCACCCCACACUGGUCAUUGUACAGAAGCAGCGUUUAAUAUUAAGCAUAUCAUUGAGCUCAUCCUCAAAUGUGAAGCCAUUGAGGAUAUGUACUGUUCGAUAAGAGGAAUUCAACAAGUGGUGCAUUAUCUAUCAGCAGCCGUUACUGUCUUUCAAGAAGCCGGAUUUGAACAUGAACUCAAUAUGCUUUUGGACAUCACAAAAAAGUUGGCAGCGAUCUCACCCGUGACAGAGUUGACGGCAUCUCGAGAGACAAAUGACACAUAUCAAGAUGAACCUUUGGGAAUAUAUCAAAAGCAAAGAAAGAAAAAGAUGACAAAGUAUAAACAUAAAUCUCUUGAAUUACCCAUUACUACACCAGAUACAGCACUAUACCAACCAUUGACAUAUGACAUGACAGAACAGGUACACUCUCAACCACUAUAUCAUCAAAUGCAGUCUUUUGGCUUUCAUAAUAAUCCUAUAGAUCAAGCAAUGCCUAAUAUAUCAAGUCAUCAAUCAUUAUUAGGCUUCUUAUAUACCGAAGAUGAUAUGAAUGAUACCUCAAACAAUAUACCAAAGACUUAAUUUACC